AUGGCCGCUGCAAGGGAUCCGUACAUAGAAGAACUUCGAGACCUCGUAUCAUGCUCAAUUUGCUUGGAUCAUUAUGAAGAUCCACGUAUUCUUCCCUGUUCACAUACGUUCUGUUUCAAAUGUAUUCAACAAUGCGCGCUUAAUAAUGGUUCUUUCCAAUGUCCAUUCAGAGAUGACUCAACUGUCAAUACACGUGAUAUCUACCAACUACCUAUAAAUCGUGCAGCCAAAGAUAUGGUUGAACUCGCUUCGAAAAUGAGCAUGUUUUCUUUGAACCCAGAGCAACAACAAGUUAAAUGCGAUAACUGUGAUCAACAGCGGGCUGUGCACUGGUGUGAGAAAUGCUCCAGUCACUACUGCGAUUCAUGUACAAAAUCUGUACAUUCAAUCAAGACACUACAAUCUCAUAGUGUUGUACCACUGGCAGAAAAAGCAUCUGUAUUUUGCACUGAACAUUCGGAUGAAAAAAUUAAAUAUUGGUGCGCUCGAUGUCAGCUGCCAGUUUGCCGUGAUUGUCUUUUAUUCAAACAUAAGGAUCAUCAAUGUAUUUCUAUUCAAGAUGCUGCAACAAGAGCUAAGACCGAACUUCAAGUUGUGCUGCAAGAUAUUGACAAAAGAGAACAACAACUUGGUCUAGAAUUAUUCGAAGUUAACGGUAUCAUUGAACAACAGCAUGCUACUUAUCGAAGGGCACAUUCUGAAAUUAAGAAAAGAUUUUAUGCUCAACAUCGUUCGUUGGAAGAAGAAGAAAAAUGUAUCAAGAAAAAAUAA